CUGUCAGCCACACUUGUACGUGUUGCUCAGAGCUCAGCUGCACGGAGUAUACUCUGGAAAACGCCGAGUGAAGUCUGCACAGGGCCCGCAGCUGCAAACGGGGAAAAGAAACAGUCUCUUUUCUCAAAUCCAGCGCCAAGGAUAACCCCCCGGCAGAGCCACGGUAGGUCUCCAGUGUCAAACUGGACUCCAGUGUCCAGCAGGAGAGGACGGGAACUAAACUAAAAAGAGGAGCAUCAACCCGAUCAGGAGUUCCGUGCAAAGAGUCGAUCUUCUGAAUCCUGACAGCUCCUUGGAUAUCUUUUUUUUUUUCUUUUUCUUUUGACUGAUUAUUAAAACGCGCAACUAGAGAGCCACUGAAAUGGAUGUGGCGGCCGAGCAGCCCCGAUGGAUGCACCAUCACCCGGUGCUGAACGGACAACACCCGGACUCUCACCAUCACGGCCUGGGCCACAACUACAUGGAGCCCGCCGCGCAGCUGCUGCCUCCGGACGAGGUGGACGUUUUCUUCAACCACCUGGACUCGCAGGGAAACCCGUACUACCACAACUCCAGGGCCAGGGUGUCCUACAGCCAAGCGCACGCUCGUCUCGCGGGGACUCAGGUGUGCCGGCCGCAUCUCCUCCACAGUCCGGGCAUCUCCUGGCUGGACGGAGGGAAAGCAGCUCUGUCGGCCGCUCACCACAACGCGUGGGCCGUGAGUCCCUUCAGCAAGCCCAGCCUGCACCACCACCACGGCUCCUCCGCGUCCCCGGGCGCCCUCUCCGCCGUGUAUCCGUGCAACAGCAGCAGCAGCAGCAGCAGCAUCAACUCCAACACGGUGUCCUCCCUGACGCCGCCGUCACACUCCUCCGGCUCUCACCUGUACUCCUUCCCCCCCACGCCGCCCAAAGACGCGUCCCCGGACCCGGGAGCCGUGUCUCCCUCAUCCUUGUCCGCCAGCAGGAUGGAGGAGAAGGAGUCCGUCAAAUACCACAGUGUGUCACUACCGGAGGGCAUGAAGAUGGAGGGCUCCAGUCCGCUGCGGAUGAGCGCCCAGACGCCGUCCACGCACCAUCCCAUCCCCACGUACGCGCCCUACUCCCUGCAGGCGCACGAGUACGGCGGCAGCCUGUUCCACCCGGGCAGCCUGCUGGGAUCAUCACCCGGCUUUAGCCCCAAGAACAAAGGAAAGACACGCUCCUGCACCGAGGGCCGUGAGUGUGUGAACUGCGGAGCCACUUCUACACCUCUCUGGAGACGCGACAGCACUGGGCACUACCUGUGCAACGCCUGCGGCCUUUACCACAAGAUGAAUGGCCAGAACAGACCACUGAUCAAACCCAAGCGCAGGCUGUCUGCUGCCAGACGUGCAGGCACCUGUUGUGCUAACUGUCAGACGACCACCACGACACUCUGGCGGCGCAAUGCAAAUGGGGACCCGGUGUGCAAUGCCUGCGGCCUCUACUAUAAACUCCACAACGUGAACCGGCCUCUGACCAUGAAGAAAGAGGGCAUUCAGACACGCAACCGGAAAAUGUCCAACAAAUCCAAAAAGAGCAAGCGGGUCAGUGACAGCUACGAAGAGUUUUCCAAAAGUCUGCAUGAGAAGAGCUCUCACUUCAGCGCCGCAUCUUUGGCCAGUCACAUGUCCAUGGGCCACUUGCCACCUUUCAGUCACACUGGACACAUGCUCCCCACGCCCACGCCCAUACACCCAUCGUUUGGUCACCCGCACCACUCCAACAUGGUGACCGCGAUGGGCUGAGACGGCAAGGAGAAGAGGUGUUACAUGGACUAAAAGAGCGUGAGACUGCUACAUGCAGGGGGGUGAGGGUCUAAAUAGAAGAUGAUAGUCUUGCAGACAUGCAGCCUGCGUGUCUUUAUCUUGAUUGUCUUUUGAUUGAUUAAGCCAGUAGUGGGUUGUGAGAAGAAAGGACCUGUUACUCCUUAUCUAUAGGUACCAAAACUGAUGGAGAAACAUUUGGCUUCCUGUUGGCCAGGCACACGUAUAUGAAAACAAGCGUCAGUGCACCUCGUAUUUCGUGCUCCCUGACAGCCUGACCACAGUGUGGGUCAGCGUGCUGAACAGGUUUGUACUUACUGUGAAUAUUGUAAAUGUGUGAAAAAUGCCCUUCACUACUUAAAAUAUGCUGGGUUUCUUUUCUCAUGGAGAGUUUUAAAGCGGUUUUCCACAUGAGGAGAAAAAAAAAGCUAAGAAAAAAAGGUUUAUGAAUUCUAAUUUGACACUUUAUUAUAAUUAUUGUUAUUAUAAUUAAUAUUGUUAUUCAGAUAAUUUAUUUUCACUAUUGUUUUUUUUUCCUUCGAUUAUAAUACCUGAUUCAUAAUAUGGAUACUGUUAUCUCAGUUAUGAGUAUAUUUUUAGCUGAAGCGCUUUGUCUGAGCUGGUCAACAUUUAUACUCUUAAGAAAUAAAGAGAUCAAGUGGACUUUCAACCUGUUUUGCCUUUUCAAUAUCAGCUCCCUCUACAAGUCCUAUGAGUUGAAUAUCGAUGCAGAAACGCAGCUAAAUCUACCAGUGCAAUGAGGAACCUCAGAGACAAACGAGGCAAGGAAAGCCUCAGAUAACAAUUUUGUGAUCCUUAUGUCUCGUUUGUAUUUUCCUACUAAUAAUCUUUUUCAUUCAUGUAGCACAUCUAGGUAAGAGAGCGCUGCCCGUUUAUGAAAGCUCAAAGUCUGGCAGUCAUUGCAUACUACUGAUUGAAAAGAUAAUACAUAUAUAAACCUUCCAGUGAUGACUGUGAUUUCCCUUCUGAUUGUACUCUGAUUGUAAAAUAAAAAAUAGAUCAAGUGACCUUUUGAA